ACUUGUAGCUAUUUACAGAAGUGUUGUCUGUCUUGUGUUCUACCAGGCAUCAUUUUGUCAGGUGUAGACCUGCAAUUUGCAGGGUUUGGUCUGGGAUUUUUUUUUUUUUUUCUUUGCCGAAAUGAGGCUUUAAAUAAAGAGUGCUACAUUCAAGUAGUGAUGUGUGCUAAAUUUUGCUACCUGCCUGGCAUAGAAGUAGCAUGACAUUUUCUGUAAAGUUAAUGAGAAUGUAGGGGUUUCUGGAUGUCGCAGAUGUUCAUUCUUGCUAAUACUCAACAACUUGCUAGUACAAAAAUUCUUGGAGAAUGAUGUGGUGUAAAGGUAGGGUGUGAAAGAAUUGGGUUGAGUGAAAGGCAUGAGGAAGGAAACAGAACUUUCAAAAAGGACAAGUCAGCAGUGGAAAAAAAUGAGCUUUUAGUAAGGGGGGUGUUAGCUGGGGGCAUGUAGUUGAGAGCUGAUGAUAAUCUCAGAAGCUGGAGGGAUCUGUGUUUUGAAACAAUAUAUGCAGCAUAGAUACUGAAUGGAAAGAAAGCAGCACAUCCACUAAAAUAACCUCACAUUCUUGUGUUGAGAACUUCAGUCUACAAAGGGAACUGAUUGAAAGAUGUAAGUGAUAAAUCCAAGUAAGAUGAUUAAUAAAUUGUGCCUGUGUAUUCCUGUUCUGAGUAAAUUAGUCACUGGGGGGCAGUGGUUAGUUGCGUUUUUUCUAAUUGCCACAUGUUAGCAGUAGGUAGCUUUCUCUGCAGUUUUACAGUCAUACAGUAAAAUAUUAAUCAAAUCAGAACUUUUUUUUGUGGUAGAAUUCAGUGUACUCAAAGUUCAGCAGAGCACACCUUGGAGCAUAACCUGUCUCUUUUCUGUGGAAAACUAAAAUGCUGGUGAAAUAUGGUAUUUUAAGAUCCUUACUGCCUUGGUGUUACUGGGAGGAGAAAAAGAAAUAUGAUUUUCCAUAUCUUAUGGACUGCAGCUGAAGACCUGUAGUGAAAAACUUCUAGUCAAGUGCACUGAAAUUGGGUUGUGAGGAAAGAAGUGACAGGGUGGAACAGAAAUCACUUUUAAAGUGGUAGGUGAGUCCUUUCUAAAUAAGGUUGAUGAUGACAGAAAGUCUUUAUCUGAGCGAUUUCAGAAACACAUGAAAUACAUAAAUCUAGUUUUUGAGAGACCUAUUGAGAGUCCUUUCUGGAAAUUGCAGUUGGAAGAAGAGGAAAUUGUGAUUUGAAUGGUAGGUAGCUGAAGGUGCUGCCUUCAUAUUAUGUUGAAGAUCACAUUAGAAGUUUCACUUCUGCUGUACUGCUUGGAGGGUUUUGCAAGGCUCAGCAACAUGGAAAUAGGAGUUUUCUUAGUAAAAUUGAAAGGGAUGAACAAAGUCACAGGUACUGUUAUUCAUAAGUGAAACCAGUAUUGUUUGUUUGGAGAUCAACCUCAGCAAGGCCAUGGCUUCUUUAAUGUCUUGAUCUCAAACCUGAAAAAUACCUCAGCAUUUGAACUUCCUGGUCAAAACUAAAUCUGCAAACAACCAUGCAGAAGUAUUUUAAAGCUUCAUUAUUGAGAAGCAACAUAGAAACAGCAUGUAUUGAUUGACAGUCUGCUUGCCCAAAAAAGGUUGUUUCUUAAGCCCUGGAACUAGUAAGGUUUGGUUUCCUACUGACUUCUUUUGUUACCAUUCUGAUCACUGUAUUUCUUAUCUUCAUGCUUUUCCAGGUGCUUUUUUUGUUUCCUUUUUUUUUUCCCUCCUCAUCCAAGAACUUGCCUGGCCCCAUUCUUUUUGACAGGGCAAGUAGCAGCAUAUGUUACACUACAUUGUUGCUAGGAAUGGAAGAAGAUUGAGUUAUUGAGUUGCCUUUCCAUUUGUAGGGGCACUAAACUUGAUACUUGCAAGUCCGUUCCCUUUCUCAAAAUUAGAUUGAAAUUGUCAGUAGCUUCUUUAGGGAACUUACUUGCAGCUCAAUGUCUAAAACCUCAUUUCCUUAUGAAACAAGUCUCCUGUUCUAAAAAAAGCCACCAGUAAUCAAGCAAUUGUAGCUAUUUAACCACAAGAGCAAUCACGAGUUUGUUAAAUUCAUAUUUAGUCAAACAAGUAUAAUACAUGAACUACAUAUAAUAUCUAAACUACAAAGAAGAUUCAAAAUAGGUGUAAUUAAUUCUCCUGAAUUUUCAUGUAAAUUUUAGCAUCACAGCCACUUUCUGUUCCACUUGUUUUAUCUCCAAGAUCUGCAGUGAUAAAUAGGGAAGGUGACUUUUAAUUGAGAACUAUCAACCUGUAAUAUACAGAAAAUAGUGAAAAUUUCAGAAAAUUACCAGUUGCAUUGUCUUCUUUUUCAAUUGUGUUCAUUAUUCUUAUUUAUAUGUCAAGAAAAUGUAAAUGAAACUAACAUUUUGCUGCCACUUUCUCCUGAUUGAUCCAUGAAUUAUACACAGCAGUAUGUGGACACUUGAGUUUGCCUUUGAAAUGUUUCUGAUACCUGAUGAUGGGAAUGCCCAGUGCCCCAGACUGCUUUUAACAUCAACACCUAGAGAAACAGUAUGUGCAUACAGUCCCAGGGACAGGCAGUGUUGUCCUCCUGUCUUGUCCAAAUAAUGUCAUCUUUCAAAUCACGUAUAGCUCCUUGGUCACCUGCGCACUGAUCGCCUUCUGGUUCCUCUACCAUGUUUCCUGAGCAUUGGUAAUUUGCAUGCCGGGGUGCAGCGUGGCAGGCAGAAAUGGUGAAUGAUAAUGCUUUGGGAUCAGACCUAGCUGCAAAUUACAAGGGAUGGGUUAGUUCAGUUUCAGUUUUCCAUUGCAAACUGCUCUGGGGAAACUGGCUACCUAUUUACCUUCCCUCUGCCCACUUUUUAUGUCUUUUCAUAGGACGGCUGCCUUGCUGUUACUGCUCCUUCAAAGGGAAUACUGGGAGUAGAAGGUAUUUUGAAAAACAGUUUGACCUGUCAGAAGAGACACAACUGCCCAUGUUUCUCCACUGUAGAAACUCACAUGCUGAAUUUUUAGACAUAAUGAGAAGAAACCGAGAUAGAUUUGUAGGAGGGGUGGUACAUUCUUUUGAUGGCACAAAGGAAGAAGCAGCAGCAAUAAUAGAUUUGGAUCUGUAUAUUGGAAUAAAUGGCUGUUCAUUGAAAACAGAAGCCAACUUGGAAACGCUGAAGUCAAUUCCAAGUGAACGAUUAAUGAUAGAGACUGAUGCGCCUUGGUGUGGAGUGAAGAAUACUCAUGCUGGCUCAAAAUACAUUAAAACUACAUUUCCUACAAAAAAGAAAUGGGAAAUAGGGCACUGCUUGAAGGACAGAAAUGAACCCUGCCAUAUAAUUCAAAUACUGGAAAUAAUGGCAGCAGUAAGAGAAGAUGACCCGCUUGAGUUGGCCAAUACUCUAUAUAACAACACUAUUAAAGUCUUCUUUCCAAAUGUAUAAAGUUGUUUUUCUUACAUUUAUUCAGCAUAACUUCAGUGAAUGUACUGCAAAAACUUUAAAAUUAUCGUAUCUGCAAGUUCUUAUCAAUGGAAGUCAAUAUGUAGUGUUUGGUUUUUUUAUGGUACAAGAUUAAAGCUGCUUUUGAAAAGGCAA